GCACCUGUGCCUGCGCAAGGCCGACCAGAAGCUGGUGAUCCUGAAGCAGAUCCCGGUGGAGCAGAUGAGCAAGGAUGAGCGGCUGGCAGCGCAGAACGAGUGCCAAGUCCUCAAGCUCCUCAGCCACCCGAAUGUCAUCGAGUACUACGAGAACUUCCUGGAGGACAAGGCACUCAUGAUCGCCAUGGAGUAUGCCCCAGGGGGCACGCUAGCGGAGUUUAUUCAUAAGCGCUGUAACUCCUUGCUGGAUGAAGAUACCAUCCUGCACUUCUUCGUGCAGAUCCUCCUGGCUCUCCACCACGUGCACACCAAGCAGAUCCUGCACCGCGACCUGAAGACUCAGAACAUCCUCUUGGACAAACAUCGCAUGAUUGUCAAGAUCGGAGACUUUGGCAUCUCCAAAAUCUUGAGCAGCAAGAGUAAAGCCUACACGGUUGUGGGAACUCCGUGCUACAUCUCCCCAGAGCUCUGUGAAGGGAAGCCCUACAACCAGAAGAGUGAUAUCUGGGCUUUGGGCUGUGUGCUGUACGAACUUGCCAGCCUCAAGAGGGCUUUCGAAGCUGCGAAUCUUCCCGCCUUAGUAUUGAAGAUCAUGAGCGGGACGUUUGCCCCAAUAUCGGAUAGAUACAGCCCCGACCUGCGCCAGCUCAUCCUUAGCAUGCUGAACCUGGAUCCUUCCAAGCGGCCCCAGCUGAAUGAGAUCAUGGCCCAGGCCAUCUGCAUUCGGCCCCUUCUGAACCUCUACACCGAUGUGGGCAGUGUCAAAAUGAGAAGGCCUGAAAAACCCUUGGCUCCGGUGCCGACAGUGACCCACAGCCGGACGGGGGGACGAGUGAGCAGUGCCAGGCAGAGGGGUGUUCGAGGUGGUUCAGCCAGGACAGGAAUCCCUCCUCCACUGUCGUCCAUCUACACCUGGGGGAGCGGGAUCACCACCCCGCUUCGCCUGCCCAUGCUUAACACCGAAGUGGUGCAGGUGUCUGCCGGCAGGACACAGAAGGCCGGGGUCACCAAAUCGGGGCGGCUUAUCAUGUGGGAAGCUCCCCCGAUGGGUGCUGCGGGAGGCCCUUCUCUCCCAGGAGCCACCGAGCAGCUCCAGCCUCAGUUUGUGUCCCGCUUUCUGGAGGGCCAGUCUGGCGUGACCAUCAAACACGUGUCCUGCGGUGAUCUCUUCACAGCCUGCCUCACAGACAGGGGGAUAAUCAUGACUUUCGGCAGUGGCAGCAAUGGCUGUUUGGGGCACGGAAACUUCACGGAUGUAAGCCAGUCUCACGUCCUGGCAGUUUCCAACGAACGGGAAGUGUUUGCCUGGGGCAGGGGGGAUAAUGGUCGGCUUGGGCUGGGUACGCUGGAGUGCCACAACUCCCCUCAGCAGGUCUCAGUCCCGCCGGAGCAUGAGGCUCAGAGGGUCAUCUGCGGCAUCGACUCCUCUAUGGUCCUCACAGUGAAGAACCAGAUUCUUGCUUGUGGGAGUAACAGGUGUAACAAGCUGGGUCUGGAUCGGAUCAGCUCAGCAGAGGAGCCUUCCCCAGAGGACCAGCUGGAAGAGGCCACCGUGUUCAUGUGUGCCCAGUCAGCCCCCUUAAACCGAGAGCCGAUCGUGUGUGCUGACAUCGGUACAGCGCACUCGGCUGCAGUCACAGCUUCUGGCCAGUGUUACACCUUUGGGAGCAACCAGCACGGGCAGCUGGGCACCAACUCCUGCCGCAACAGCCGCGUACCCCACCUGGUUGUGGGGCUCCAGGCGAUGAAGGUCACCGUGGUGGCUUGUGGGGAUGCUUUCACUGUGGCCAUCGGAGCAGACGGCGAGGUGUGUACAUGGGGAAAAGGAGCCAGGGGACGCCUGGGCAGGAAGGAUGAGGAAACGGGAGCACCGAGGCCGGUGCAGCUGGAGGAGACACAUCCCUACGUGGUGACCUCUGUAGCCUGCUGCCACGGGAACACGUUGCUGGCUGUAAAACCUGCCAUGGAAGAGUCGCCUUCGCAGUGA